CGGUCGCUGACGCCGCGGGGCUGGAGCGGGCCGCGCGGGAGCGCGCGGAGGGAGCAGCUGCGCCGUCGGUCCCCGUCGGUGCUCCGUGGGUCUCCGAGCCGCCCCUGGUUCGGCCAUGGCGGGCGCCAGGCCCGGCGUCCACGCGCUACAGCUGGAGCCGCCCACCGUGGUGGAGACCUUGCGGCGCGGGAGUAAGUUCAUCAAAUGGGACGAGGAAGCCUCCAGUCGUAACCUGGUGACCCUGCGGGUGGACCCCAAUGGCUUCUUCUUAUACUGGACAGGACCCAACAUGGAGGUGGACACACUGGAUAUCAGUUCCAUCAGGGACACGCGGACAGGCCGUUAUGCCCGCCUACCCAAGGACCCCAAGAUCCGGGAAGUGUUGGGCUUUGGGGGUCCUGAUGCUCGGCUGGAGGAGAAGCUGAUGACGGUGGUGGCCGGCCCAGACCCAGUAAACACCACAUUCUUGAACUUCAUGGCCGUACAGGAUGACACAGUCAAGGUCUGGUCGGAGGAGCUGUUCAAGCUGGCUAUGAAUAUCCUGGCUCAAAACGCCUCCCGGAACACCUUCCUGCGGAAAGCAUACACGAAGCUGAAGCUGCAGGUGAACCAGGAUGGGCGGAUCCCUGUCAAGAACAUCCUGAAGAUGUUCUCUGCAGACAAGAAGCGGGUGGAGACAGCACUGGAAUCCUGUGGCCUCAAUUUCAACCGGAGUGAGUCCAUCCGGCCGGAUGAGUUUUCCUUGGAAAUCUUCGAGCGAUUUCUGAAUAAGUUGUGUCUGCGGCCGGACAUUGACAAGAUCCUGCUGGAGAUAGGUGCCAAGGGCAAGCCAUACCUGACGCUGGAGCAGCUCAUGGACUUCAUCAACCAGAAGCAGAGGGACCCGAGACUCAAUGAAGUACUGUACCCUCCCCUGCGUCCUUCCCAGGCCCGGCUGCUCAUCGAGAAGUAUGAGCCUAACCAGCAGUUCCUGGAGCGUGACCAGAUGUCCAUGGAAGGCUUCAGCCGCUACCUGGGAGGGGAGGAGAAUGGCAUCUUGCCACUAGAAGCCCUGGACCUAAGCGCGGACAUGACCCAACCACUGAGCUCCUACUUCAUCAACUCCUCACACAACACGUACCUCACAGCGGGACAGCUGGCCGGAACCUCGUCGGUGGAGAUGUACCGCCAGGCGCUGCUGUGGGGCUGCCGCUGUGUGGAGCUGGACGUGUGGAAGGGGCGGCCUCCCGAGGAGGAGCCCUUCAUCACCCACGGUUUCACCAUGACCACCGAGGUGCCGCUGCGGGAUGUGCUAGAGGCCAUCGCUGAAACCGCCUUCAAGACCUCCCCCUACCCCGUCAUCCUGUCCUUUGAGAACCACGUGGACUCGGCCAAGCAGCAGGCCAAGAUGGCCGAGUACUGCCGCUCCAUCUUUGGGGACGCGCUGCUCAUUGACCCUCUGGACAAGUACCCGCUGGCGCCGGGCGUGCCCCUGCCCAGCCCCCAGGACCUGAUGGGCCGCAUCCUGGUGAAGAACAAGAAGAGGCACCGGCCCAGCACCAGCGUCCCUGACAGCGCCGCGCGCAAGCGGCCCCUAGAGCAGAGCAACUCCGCCCUGAGCGAGAGCUCUGCCACCACUGAGCCCUCGUCCCCCCAGCUCGGGUCCCCCAGCUCGGACAGCUGCCCAGGCCUGAGUAACGGGGAGGAGACGGGGCUGGAAAAGCCCAGCCUGGAGCCCCAGAAGUCUCUGGGUGAGGAGGUCCCGAACCGGGGCCCUGAUGUCCUGGGGUCUGCUGACCGUGAGGAUGAGGAGGAAGAUGAAGAAGAGGAGGAAUCUACAGACCCCAAAAAACCCACCACAGAUGAGGGCACGGCCAGCAGUGAGGUCAAUGCCACUGAGGAGAUGUCGACGCUGGUCAACUACAUCGAGCCUGUCAAGUUCAAGUCCUUUGAGGCUGCUCGAAAAAGGAACAAGUGCUUCGAGAUGUCCUCCUUUGUGGAGACCAAGGCCAUGGAGCAGCUGACCAAGAGCCCCAUGGAGUUCGUGGAAUACAACAAGCAGCAGCUCAGCCGCAUCUACCCCAAGGGCACCCGCGUGGACUCCUCCAACUACAUGCCCCAGCUCUUCUGGAACGUGGGCUGCCAGCUCGUCGCUCUCAACUUUCAGACCCUGGAUGUGCCAAUGCAGCUCAAUGCAGGUGUAUUUGAGUACAAUGGGCGCAGCGGGUACCUGCUCAAGCCUGAGUUCAUGCGGCGGCCGGACAAGUCCUUUGACCCCUUCACUGAGGUCAUCGUGGAUGGCAUUGUGGCCAAUGCCUUGCGGGUCAAGGUGAUCUCGGGGCAGUUCCUCUCUGACAGGAAGGUGGGCAUCUACGUGGAGGUGGAUAUGUUUGGUCUCCCCGUUGACACACGGCGCAAGUACCGCACAAGGACAUCUCAGGGGAACUCGUUCAACCCCGUGUGGGAUGAGGAGCCCUUUGACUUCCCCAAGGUGGUGCUGCCCACGCUGGCGUCCCUUCGCAUUGCCGCCUUUGAGGAGGGUGGCAGAUUCGUGGGGCACCGGAUUCUGCCUGUCUCUGCCAUCCGCUCAGGGUACCACUACGUCUGCCUGCGGAACGAGGCCAACCAGCCACUGUGCCUGCCAGCCCUGCUCAUCUACACGGAGGCCUCUGACUACAUCCCUGAUGAUCACCAGGACUAUGCAGAGGCUCUGAUCAACCCCAUUAAGCAUGUCAGCCUGAUGGACCAGCGGGCCAAGCAGCUGGCCGCUCUCAUUGGGGAGAGCGAGGCUCAGGCUGGCCCAGAGACAUGCCAGGAGACCCAGUCUCAGCAGCCAGGGGCCCAGCCAUCCCCAAACCCCACACCCAGCCCACUGGAGACUCCCCCUCGCUGGACCCCGGGCCCUGCCACCUCCCCCACCAGCACCUCCCUCAGCAGCCCAGGGCAGCGGGACGAUCUCAUUGCCAGCAUCCUCUCAGAGGUGGCCCCCACUCCGCUGGAGGAGCUCCGAGGCCACAAGGCUCUGGUGAAGCUCCGGAGCCGGCAGGAGCGGGACCUGCGGGAGCUGCACAAGAAGCAUCAGCGCAAGGCCGUGGCCCUCACCCGCCGCCUGCUCGAUGCUCUGGCCCAGGCCCGGGCUGAAAGCAGGGGUGGGGCCGCCGAUGUGGAGGACGUGAAGGAGGAGGAGGAGGCCAAGAGGUAUCGAGAGUUCCAGAACAGACAGGUGCAAAGCUUGCUGGAGCUGAGGGAGGCCCAGGCGGACAUAGAGGCUGAGCGGAGGCUAGAGCACCUGAGACAGGCUCAGCAGCGGCUCAGGGAGAUCGUCCUGGAUGUGCACACAACUCAGUUCAAAAGGCUGAAGGAGAUGAACGAGAGGGAGAAGAAGGAGCUGCAGAAGAUCCUGGACAGGAAGCGCCACAACAGCAUCUCUGAGGCCAAGACAAGAGAGAAACAUAAGAAAGAAGUGGAACUGACGGAGAUUAACCGUCGGCACAUCACCGAGUCCGUCAACUCCAUCCGUCGGCUGGAGGAGGCCCAGAAGCAGCGACAUGACCGCCUAGUGGCUGGGCAGCAGCAGGUGCUACAGCAACUGGCAGAAGAAGAGCCCAAACUGCUGGCCCAGCUGACCCAGGAGUGUCAGGAGCAGCGGGCGAGGCUGCCUCAGGAGAUCCGACGGAGCCUGCUGGGAGAGACACCAGAGGGGCUAAGGGAUGGGCCCCUGGUGGCCUGUGCCAGCAAUGGCCAUGCACCCGGGAGCAGUGGGCACCUGUCUGGUGUUGACUCGGAGAGCCAGGAGGAGAACACGCAGCUCUGACCUGGCCGGGCAAGAGAUGAAGAAACUGAGGCCCUGAGCAGAAGCCAGGUGGUGCCAGGCCACAACUAAGUGGAGAUGUCCUGACCUGGAGGCAGGGAGGGCACAGACCCUCUGUGGCAGACUGUCUUCGGCUAGCCUGGAAGACCUGCUCCAUACCUCUGACCACGGAGGAGCAGCAAAGACCCCACAGCGAGGGUGUGAGGGCGUGAGGGCCUGGCCCGGCGGGCUCCAAAGCAAGGCCAGGCUGGCACCUCUUCAAGGCCUCUCCCAGCUUCCUGGCGCUUCCCGGGCUGGCUGCUCCCUCCUCCAGAGGAAGGCAGCCUCUUAUCUGGGCUUAUCUCCUGCCAAUUGAGUGUUUUCUUUGCUUUGUUUUUGCUGCAGCCUCCUGCAAACAGAUGGGGUAGGGAGGCCAGAGAAACCAGGCAGCCGAAGUAGGGCCUCCCCAGGGCUGGGACCUGUGCCCUGGGCCCUUCCUCAGGGUGGAUACUAUUGCCUAAGUGGCCCUCCUCCUGCUGUCAGACCUUGUCCUGUCCCCCAGUCUGCCAGUUCUCCUGUAUGCCCAUCCUGGCCCCACAGUGGUCAGCCUGCUCCCUCCCCCCCCCACACUGGCCGGCCUUCACUUACCCAAACACUCCAUGUGGGUCCUGAGUCCUCAAAACUACCCUGUGUGCUACUGAGCCCCUCAGAAGCCUGGCCUCUACUGCUACCCCAUCUUUCCUGGGUCCCCUCAUCCUCUUCUCUGCAAUGACAGUUCCAACUUCAGCCCACCCCCUCCUGGCAGACCUCCCUGACUGUCCUGCCAGAGGAGGCUGACCCCUGUCUGGUUCUGGAAGCCUCUGCGAGCCAGGCUGUGGAGAAGUUCAUCUGUGUACCCAGCACAAAGCAAUGGCCUGGACUACAGGGGCGCCAAUAAAUCUUUUGGAACAGAGCCCUGA